AUGUGCGGUAGCAGCAUGCCCUUACUCUGUCACAUGUUGGCGGUAGCUUUGGUUCAGAUCUUCAUAGUCUCAAGCCACUGGAUCUUGGCCAAGAACAUCAACUUCUAUAAUGUGAGACUGCCAGUAGACCCUACUCCAUUCCCAAGCAGCUUCAAGUGUUUUACUUGUGCCAAUGUUGUGGACAAUUACAACUGUAACAGAUGGGCUGAAGAUAAAUGGUGUCCUCAGAACACCCAGUAUUGUUUGACUGUCCAUCAUUUCAUCAGUCAUGGAAGGAGCACCUCUGUCACCAAAAAAUGCGCUACGAGGGAAGAGUGUCGUUUUGUUGGUUGUCACCAUCACAGAGAAACUGGUCACAUGGAAUGUGUCUCCUGCUGUGAAGGGAUGAUCUGCAACGUAGACCUGCCAACGAACCACACAAAUGCUGUAUUCGCGGUUGUACAUACACGGAGGACAUCAGGCAGCAGCAGGAAGGCUGUUAGUAUGCUGUUGCUGGUCUCAGUCAUACCAAUUUAUCUGCUGUGA